GGCCCGCACGGGGAGGCAACGAGUACUCGCGUCAGCGACUGUGGGAGGAGAAGCACCAUGAGCAAGUCUGCACUGACGCAGUCGCUGUUGGCAGAGGGAGCGGCGGACGGUGGCGGCGGAAGGAGCGGAAGUGGGCAGGGCGGGACCAGCACGCCGUCGCUCGACGACUUUGAGGUCCUGUACAAGAUCGGGACGGGGCUUGUGGGCCAGGUCUACCUUGUGAGGCACGUAGGGCUCAACACGACAUACGCCAUGAAGGUCAUUCCCAAGGCCUUUGUCCUCGAGACCAACAUGUAUGCCCACGCCCAGUCCGAGUGCCACAUCCUUCGCUCGGUCUCGCACCCGUUUGUCGUCCGCCUCGUGUUCUCCUUCCAGACUCCCGAGUCGCUUGUUCUCAUCAUGGAGUUUAUGCAUGGCGGUGACAUGGCGUUCCUCCUUCGCAGGCGAGUCAUGCUCCGCGAGGACGAGGUCCGCUUCUACGCCGCCGAAAUCGCCACCGCCCUCGUCUUCCUCCACUCGCAGUCGAUUGUCCACCGCGACCUCAAGUGCGGCAACAUCCUGCUCGACAUCGAGGGCCACGUCUGCCUCACAGACUUUGGCUUUGCCAAGCGCCUGGCGCCCGAGGCAAGUGCUGCUCACACGUACUGCGGGACUGGCGCAUACAUGGCGCCCGAAAUCCUGGCCCAGGACGCCGGCGGCCACGGCUUUGCCGCCGACUGGUGGUCGUUUGGCGUCGUCCUCUUUGAGAUGCUGACCGGCGGCAAGCCGUUCGGCCUUGGCUCGCCGGCCAUCGACGGCACUGACGAGGAUGCUCUGGCCUCGGCCCGCCUUGCCGCCAUCACCUCGUCGGACCUCGUCUUUCCCGACUUUCCGGCGCUCUCCGACGAGGCCAAGGACUUGCUGGUCUGCCUCCUCGACCGCAACCCGCACGCCCGCCUCGACGGCCCAGGCGUCAUGGCUCAUCCGUUCUUUGCCGGCCUCGACUGGGAUGCUGUCGUCGACCUAGAGCUCGAGCCGCCGUGGGAGCCGUACAUCGAGUACUCGGACGACGAGGACGAGUUCAUCGAGUGCUUCCCCUCGUCGCUCACCGACAACUCACCCAUCUCGCGCAUGGCCGCCUCGCCCUCGCUCGCCCGCGCCGCCCGGCCCAUAGCCUCAUCGCCGGCAGCCUCUGUUCCGGCCUCGGCCGUCGCUGUCUUUCCGGCAUUCUCGUACACCUCGCCGUCGACAGCCUCGGCGCUCGGCCUCGUUCCAGCCGUGCCCGAGGCUGCGUCGGACAUUCCGGCCUACCAGCGCGAGCGCCCGCUCUCCUACCGCCACCACGGCUCGCUCGCGGGCGGCACCGCCGACACCACUGCGUCGACCGAUUCGGGUGAGGCCUCGCGCGCCAUCCCGCUCUCGCGCCGGUCCACCCUCCAGCCCAUCGACGCUUCUGCCGGCUCCUCGCCGCGCUCACCGACUCUCUUUGCCAUGUCGCCGCCGUAGUAGCGACCUGUAAGCAACUCAUGUUGUGGUGAGCGAGCCCGGCAGGAAAGCACUUCUCCGCCAUCUGCUGUAUUAAACAUCGUUACUUUCCCUUGA